AUGUGGGUACAGGACCGCUCUGGAGCUGCCUUACCGCAGUCGUCUGUGCCGUGGUCUACCCCGCCGGGACGACCUGGAGCUGUUGGGACUAUGGGUGGUGCUGAUGCUGCAGUCUCGACUGCUGCUGCUGCUCCUGCCAUCACAGCUGAUGCUCAGACAACCACCAGAAGCACCACAAAGCCCACGACAGGCUCGACAUCGACACAAUCAAACUCAUCGGAUGCGAAGAACAGCAGCUCAAUUCACUCGUCCGGCCACAAUACCACCUUUCUCCCUGGCACUGAGGGCACUUUUUUCCUAGUCGACGACCCUCCCGAGCCCCCCGAUUCCGAUACCCUCGGCCCUCUCAAGACCAGCAAACAUCGCGACCCUUCUCCCUCGGGCCUCAGGGCCAACGCAGCAACCCCCUCUCACAGCGUCCGAGACUCGAUCGCCUCUAUUGUCGACGACCCCUUCUUCCGCCGAUACGCUAACCUCAUUGACGCCUCUCCUGCUCCGAACCCCCACGCGCCAAGCGCGCUCUCUCUCACCUCGAAGAGCGUUACUACCCCUUCGACAGGCACAGCUGCUACAUCUGCGGCGACCUCUCCCACGACCUUGACGACUGCCACGAGCGUCACGACUUCCACAAACGCGACGACCGCGACGACUCCUACGACCACAACAUUAGGUUCUGGCCAUCGCAAUGACGAUAGACCUUCCUGGAUCCCUCCCCGGAAAGACUCUUUAACAGACCCCAACCCGACUCCAUGGGUACGACGCCCUUUGCUUCGCCUCGAGACCAGGCAGACUGACCAAUUGGCCCAGUUUGAGUGCGCAAGACAUACCAUGGAGCCCCUGAACAUUGCCGUCAUCGGCUCCGAGGGCGUGGGCAAGUCCACGUUCAUUCAGCACCUACGUCGCGCCCCGCGCCCCUCCUCUUCAAACAUCACCACUCUGAAGCAUGAACUCGAUGGCGCUCUUUACCAUGUUACGCUCGUCGAGCUCGACCUCGAGGGCAUUCCCAAGCUCGACCCCAACCAGCCAGUGCUCUGGCCCAAGCAGAUCGGCGGCCACAUGGUGCCCCGCAUGGACGGCGCCCUCCUUUUAUACGACGGCCUGAAUGAGGAAACCAUGCGCGAGCUCCCCACCGUAAUGGCUGCGUUGGCAAACUCGUCUCUGCCUACCGUCCUCGUUGCCACUAAAUCGGAUGCCCCCGACGAUUUCCGUCACCGUGACCUAGCAGGCGUGGCCGCUUCCUCUCCCACUUGUGCUGGCCACUUCAGGACAUCAGCCAAUGCGCCGCAAAGCAUUAGGGAAUGUUUGCAGGCCAUGAUGAGAGCCGCGUUGACUGCCCGGAAGGACAAAGCCGAAGGUGUAGGACAGAGACGGCGCGCUGCUUCGACUGCAAACCUCGAUACCCCCUCUGACCUUUCCAAUGGCCGACCAAUGAGCCAGCACAGCAAACACAGCAGAGCCAGUUCCGACUUUUCCCUCGUGCGUGGCAACGAAGGUGGCCAAUAUCGUGGCCAGUCUUCUAGAUCACCUCGUUCCGAGAACCAAGGCUCCAGCAGCGCAUCCAUUCCUGAAGACGGACAGCAAACAGUACAAGGGAUGUUGCGCACGCCGGGUGUCCGACUUGAUGGCGGCAACGACUCGUCCUUCCUCGAUGUGGACGAGUCGGAUGCCGAAGGCUAUCGGUACGGAGAUGACCAUGACCACCGUCACGACGAUAAAGCAGCCAAGCUUCCGGGCGUGACCUUUGACGAGCUGGUCGACCGACUCGUGGCACCGAAGAUGACGAGAACAGACCACAAUUUUGUCGAUGUCUUCCUUUGCCUGUACCGAACGUUCGCCGCGCCCUCGAAACUCCUGACUGCCAUUCGGGCUCGCUUCGAUCAGGUGGCUGCCGAUCAGUCUAUGCAGAUGCUGGCAAAGUCCGAGGCACAGUUGCGCAUUGUCGAGGUUGUGGCCAAGUGGUUGUCACUAUACCCCGGCGACUUUGCGCGACCGGUAUCCAAGAAUAGCCUGGCAGAGUUCGUCAACCAGCUGAUGGCAGAGCCCGUUUUCGUCGCUGCCGCACAGCAGAUGAAGAGGAACCUGGAACACAAGGUUAUCGAGGACGAUGACACUUGGUGGGAAAACUCUGAUCCAGUCGAGGAGCCUGCUGACUCCAAAGACGUGGCAGAGAAACGCCGGAGCGGCAUCGCCGAGUCCAUGAACUCGCUGCAGCUGGAUGACCAUCAUAGCACCUCAGCUAGUGGCCAGCGGCGUCCUUCACAGAGUUCAGAUUUGGCUCGCCACGAGCUCCCGCAUGCCUCCCGGCCGAAGGCUAUUUUCACAUUCCACACGGUCGAAGAUUACGAGCGUGAGGCAGCCACGUUAGUCCCCACCGGGCUGUACCCGCUCAACAAGUUCCGCUACCACACCUUCAUGGAAAUCGACCCCGACGACAUGGCCGAAGAAAUUACGCGCAUCGACUGGAUCAUGUUCGGCUCCAUCCGCAUCCGCGACCUAGUCCGCCACGUCAGCCUCUCACAUGAUCAGAAGGAAAAGUGCCGUAGCCUCAAAAACGUCAACCGCAUGGUCAACCACUUCAACCACAUCGCCCAGUGGGUCGCCAACAUGAUUCUCAUCCGCGACAAGGCUAAGCACCGCGCCCCAUGUCUUGAGAAGUUCAUGGGUAUUGCAGCGCGCCUGCGCCAGCUGAACAACUACAAUGGCCUGGCGGCCGUGCUGGCGGGUAUCAACGGCACGGCGAUCCAUCGCCUGGCGCAGACGCGCGCACUGGUGGCGCCGGACGUGCAGAAGCGCUUUGCGGGGUUGGUGCUGCUGAUGGGGACGCAGAAAAGCCAUUUUGCGUAUCGCUUGGCUUGGGAGAAUUCGCCGCUGCCGAGGAUUCCGUUUAUCCCGCUGCAUCGCCGCGACCUUGUGUCGGCUAUGGAGGGGAGUAAGACGUUUGUUGGGCCGGAUGGGGAUAGGAUUAAUUGGAAGAAGUUUGAGGUCUUGGGGGAGGUGAUUCUGCCGAUUAUGAAGAGCCAGGGUCAGCCGUAUACGACGCUGCAUCGCCAUGAGGUGAGCAGGGAGUUGAUUCUCGAUGUGAAGAUUUCCACAGAUGAGGAGGAAAUCUACCAGCGCAGCGUGCAGGUCGAGCCUGCAGGCGCAGCCGCCUCGGCUGAGUCGAGCAAGAAGAAGUUCCCGUGGUUGACCAAGUAG